GGCGCUGGGCUCGGCUGGGCUCGGGGGGGCCAAGAUGUCGACCAAGAAUUUCCGCGUGAGCGACGGGGACUGGAUCUGCCCCGACAAGAAGUGUGGGAACGUUAACUUUGCCAGAAGAACCAGCUGUAACAGAUGUGGGAGAGAAAAAACGACAGAAGCCAAAAUGAUGAAAGCUGGAGGGACUGAGAUAGGAAAGACACUGGCAGAGAAGAGUCGUGGCCUCUUCAGCGCCAACGACUGGCAGUGCAAAACCUGUGGAAACGUGAACUGGGCCAGGAGGUCAGAGUGCAACAUGUGCAACACCCCAAAGUACGCCAAGCUGGAGGAGAGGACAGGCUACGGAGGAGGGUUCAAUGAGCGGGAGAACGUGGAGUACAUCGAGCGGGAGGAGUCGGACGGGGAGUAUGAUGAGUUUGGGCGCAAAAAGAAGAAGUACAGAGGGAAGCCAGUGGGUCCUGCAUCCAUCCUGAAGGAAGUAGAAGACAAGGAAUCUGAAGGGGAAGAUGAGGAGGAUGAGGAUGAAGAUCUCUCCAAAUAUAAAUUGGAUGAGGAUGAGGAUGAAGAUGAUGCUGACCUGUCAAAGUACAACCUGGAUGCCAGUGAGGAAGAGGACGGCGCCAAGAACGCGCAGCCCGGCAGGCGCAGCCGCUCCAAGUCUCGCUCCUCCCACUCUCGCUCCUCGUCGCACUCAUCCUCUCACUCGAGCUCAAGGUCUAGGUCCAGGUCCCAUUCAAGAAGUUCUUCCAGUUCCAGAUCAAGAUCUCGUUCCAGUUCCAGAGAACAGUCUAGAUCUCGUGGGUCGAAAUCCAGAUCCAGCUCCAGGUCCUACAGGGGGUCUUCCACCCCAAGGAAAAGAUCUUACUCAAGCUCUCGUUCAUCAUCUUCCCCCGAGAGAGGCAAGAAGAGAAGUCGUUCUAGAUCCUCUUCAUCUGGUGAUCGCAAAAAAAGACGAUCGAGAUCACGGUCACCCGAAAGACGCCGCAGAUCUUCAUCUGGAUCAUCCCAUUCUGGUUCCCGCACAAGUUCUAAAAAGAAAUAAUGUAUUAAAGGUCACAUUGCGGGGGGGGGAAUCAAACAAAAACAAAAACAAAACAAAACAAAUUCCAGUCAGUGCAUGAGACAUUUUUAAGUUGGUGUCUUACUUGGUCAGAAGUGCUAAAUCUGCUAGUAGAGGUGCAUGUCUGUCCUUGCUUUCUGGAAAACUGCCGCUUUGUUCGUUCAUGAAACAAAAAGUGAGGUAGCAUUUUAAGCCAUAAACUCCCCAGAGGAGCUGUGCAGAUUUAUUACUGGAGUAAAGGGGUUUUUUAUUACUUUUAAAGACUCAGUUACUCAGUUCCUGGCUGUCUUACAUGUACGAGCAGGCACAGCUCGGAUGUGUUCUAACACAACUCUGCUCUUCAUGUGACAAUGAAAAAAAAAAGUACUUGAGGAAUAUGGAAGAACCCAUGAGCUUUCUGCAUCCAGCUCCUGAGCUGCUCUGGUGUAGCUGGGAUGGGACCAGAGGAGACUAGUGUAGCUGUAGGGCAGGUGUCACCCCUCAGAUGACAGUAGUGAGUACUUAGGUCUGAUUGUUUCUUUAUUUCUCUGUGUUGAGUUUAAAGUGCAGCUGGAUGCCCCUUUUUCUCUUUAGCUCUGCUCAGUGCAAAGUAGCUGUUAAAUACCCAGAGCAUCAAGUGAUUCUCUAGAGUACAUCAGACUUCAUCCCUUGGCAGCCAGGGUGACUGAGACCUGGGGCACCUCUGGGUUGCUCCAGUCUAAUGGCCGCUGGUGCCUGACCCUGUAGAACUGAUUUGCUGCAGUCAGCAAGGUGCAUGGACCCUGGACUCGGCCAUCCUUUCUUGUAAGAGGAUCAUUUAGGAACUACUCUUGAGAUGGAGGAUUCUGGAACUAGCUUCUUGGAAUGAAGUGAAGCUUCUGCAGGCUGUCUAAAAUUCAUUUUGGGCUGACUAAAAUUUUCAAGGUAUCGGAAUUUAAUUUAUAUUUUAAUAUGAAUAAACUACGUAGAAAGUUCUGACAUCUUAAAUGUGUUCUUCAUCAAUCAUUCUUAUUCCCCUAAACAUAAUUUAUGGCUUAAAAUGCUUCAUUGAAUCUAUUUUACUAGCAAUACCCCAUUAAAACUCGGUCUCUCUUGAGCUCCGUUUGGUUAAGGUUUAAGUAUCGUCAGCCCAUCACAAGGUAAGUAUGUUCAGGAGAAUUCUUGGUUUCAAGCAAGCAAACAGCAAUGUGUGUACUGAUUUGAGCAGCAGAACUUCCAAACCCAUAUUUGACCACUGCUUUUUCAAGUGAACUGCACCAAAACAAACGGAGCAAAGUUCAAAACCUACAUUCUCUUUUCUUUCUUUUCUUUUUUCUUUUUUUUUCUUUUUUUUUUAAGACACUUCCUUGGGACUGGUAUAUAAGCAAAACGUUUUUGGUGUAGGGAUAUUUUGAUUAAUCUUUUUGCAGAAGAAAAAUGCUCUGCAGUUUUCUUCUUUAAUGCUUUUUUUUUCUCUCUGAUUUCAAUGCUAAAUGUGUGUAGGUUGCACAAGAGCAGGUUAGUUUUGUAACUGUGCCUCUGACGACUCCAGCCUCCCAACUACUAACUUGUAAAAACCAGAUCUAAUAGAUGCUCUGUUGUUAGCCUUUGGUUUUUCCCUUGUGCUUUGUAUUAAACUGUUGCUGUACUUAACAGAUGGAAGUUUUUAAAUUUAGCAAACGAUAGGCUACAGACAAAGGAAAAUUAUGGUUUCAUUUGGCUUAGAUAAAAUGUAAGGCAAACAGAUUCUGUAGACAAGUGUAAAUAAAACCUGUGAGUCAA